AUGACAACACCAAGACUAACGCCGGACGGCCCAAGAUCAAAUAGAAUUACCACCCCAACGUCUUCCUCCUCCUCCUCAUCGAACUAUUCUAGUAUAACUCAAAUAUCAAGACCAUUUUUCACAUCACAAGAAUUAUCAUUUUUACAUAAAAAGACUAUAUCAGAUUCAAUGAAAUUACAAUACAGUACCACCAAAACCAAAAUAUUCCACUUUCUAAGUCAAGUUGUUAAAAUUUUGAAAUUCCCACAACGUGUACUUGCAACAACUAUGAAUUAUUAUCAAAGAUUUUAUUUAUUUAAUAAAUUUGAAAAUAUCUCAAGUGAUACUACCAAUCAUUUUUAUGUACCAAGCUACAUAGAAAAUGAUCCUUUCACUAUUGCCAUAACUUGCUUAUUCCUAGCGAGUAAAGUGGAAGAUUGUAUCAAGAAAUUAAAAGACAUUCAAGUAAUAUGCAAUAAAUUAAGAGAAUUAGAUGAUAAUAAAGUAAUAGAAAUAAGUAAAGAUAACAAUAUAACUUCAAAUUCAAAUAUACCAUUUAUCGAUUUACAAAGAAAAUAUAUACUAGCUAAUGAAUUUAAAAUAUUACAAAUUAUAAAAUUUGAUUUUAAUAAUGGAAAUAAUCCAAGUUUUAAAAUAAAUAUAGAUAAUUUAUUAAUACAAUUUUGUAAAAAUUUGAAACUCAACUAUAAAUUAUCUAUAUUGGGGUGGUUAAUAAACUAUGAUUUAAUCCAAACUCCACUAAGUUUGAUUGUACCACCACAUUGCAUUGCAUUAGCCAUUAUAAUAAUAAGUUUAAAUUUAAACCCUAAAGAAAUGAUUUUAACAAAUCAUGAAAUUGGAGAAGAUGAUGAAGAAGAAGAUUUGAAAGUUUCACAAAUUUUAGAAGAUUUUAAAGCUUCAGAUUUUAAUUGUCCUGAAUUAUUAGUUAAUGAAGCAAUAGUAUAUAUUUUGGAUUAUUACACUCAUCAAUAUAAUACAAGUAAUUUAAAGAAUUACUUACCAGAAAUAGAUCCAGUCACUAACAAAAAUCAAAUCUUGAAAUUUAUGAGUUUAAAACAAAAAUUCAACAAUUUAAAAAUAAUUAAUGAUAAGAGUUGUGAUUUUAAAUUAAAUUCUAAGGAUGAAUAUUUCAAUGAAUGGGAUUAUAAUGUUGCCAAUAAAAAUUCAGUUAGAUUUAUGUUGAGUAAUAAAAGAAGAAGAUUUAAUAAAGAACGUGAAUUGAUUUCAAAAGAUCAACAAAAUGGGCAUAGCAAAUAG